AUGUCGUUUUCAGAUUUGUACGCAAAAUAUAAUUGUACAUAUUGUCAAGAAGAAAUAAAUGGAGUGCGUGUGAGAUGUUCUGAAUGUAAAGACUUUGAUAUUUGUUUGCAGUGUUUUUCUCUAGGUGCUGAAAUUGGAUCGCAUAAAAAUGAUCACUCCUAUCAAUUUAUGGAUUCUGGUGCGUUUGGAAUAUUCUUAGGUAGAACUAGUUGGUCUGCGAAUGAAGAAGUAAGACUUUUAGAUGCUAUAGAACAAUUUGGUUUUGGCAAUUGGGAAGACAUUGCAAAACAUAUAGAAACUAGAACUCCUGAAGAGGCUAAGGAUGAGUACAUAACAAGAUACCUAGAGGGAAGUAUAGGUCGGGCGACAUGGGGUAAUGUUGAAAGCACUAGUCGCCCAUCAUUACACUGUGCAGAUAAAGACGAGGGACCACUUAGUCCUAGUGCUGUAUCACGUUUACCUCCAUUAGCUAUAAGUCCAGAUGAAGCUGCUCAACUUGGUUAUAUGUCUAACCGAGAUGAUUUCGAAAGGGAACAUGAUCAUGAAGCAGAACAAUUAAUAUCCACAUUAUCUCUAAACCCUGAAGAUGACGAAUUAGAUGUUGCUUUAAAGUUAUCUCAAGUUGAUAUAUAUACCAGGCGGCUGCGUGAGAGAACAAGAAGAAAACGUCUAGUGCGUGACUAUCAAUUAGUUUCAAUAUUUUUUAAUAACCAGAGGAAUAAGCAGAAAACUUUAGGAAAACUUGCCAAAGAAAAAAAAGAGUUCACGGAGCGCCUCCGCUGGACGGCUCAGUUCUACGGGUGCGCGGAGCACGCGGCCGUGGUGACGGGGCUGUGGCGCGAGCGCGAGCUGCGCGUGCGCCUGGCGGAGCUGCACCGCUACCGGCUGGCGGGCGUGACGCGCGCGGAGGAGUGCGCGCACUACGAGCAGCACGCCGCGCUGCGCAAACCCCACCACGACGGCAGCAGUGGGUGCCUGGACACACACCAGACAAAAGAGCUAACGCAGACCAACACGCAGCAGCUAAGAAAAAGAGACGGCGAAAGCGGCUCAAGUUCCACCAGCCCAAAGUGCACACGGGACGCAAGUAUCGCAUGUGGCUGCUCCAAAAGCAACUGCAGCAGCGCCGUCUGCUCGAUGCGUGCGCGUCUGCUGACCACUAACGAAAUACAGCUGUGCACCGCACUGAACCUGCCGCCCACGCAGUACGUGACAAUGAAGGGCGUGUUGCUACGCCGGCCUGCCGACGGUGACCUCGACCUUGCCAUCCGCAGCUACCUUCACUCUGCCGGCUGGCUACGAAAC